GUCUGUCUACCGCCAGUCAGUAGGCCCCCGCGGUUUCACACCGCACGACGCGCGUACGCAUUCAUUUAAAAAAAAAAGCUGUUCGGCGAUAUAUAUCACAUUAGUAGACCGUGUAUAAUGGAAACAGUAUACAAAGUGACAGUUCGAAAAUUAUAACGGCUUUAUCGAUGCUUACGUCAUACGUGAUUUGAUUUCUGCAAUCUGAAGUGCCAAAAACAUAAUUUCUCAUAUGUAUGUGGGCUACGUGAUAGUGACAAGUGUGUAACGGUAUUGUUUUGCUUUUUGUUUUUCCAGUGAAUCCGUUUUGUCAGGUAGUCGGUUCUUGGAAGAUCGGUUUUAAUCGGUUUUUGUGAAUGAGUCAGCUAACAGGCGUCGGGAUUGUUAACAUCGUCAACGUGCUGCCGACCAUAUCCGAAGGCGUGACAAUGAGAGAAAAAAGGGGAGGCGCGAUGAGCAAAAUGCAAAAGCUCAGGAAACGCCUAUCCCUUAGCUUCGGUAGAUUAUCAACUAAAGACGAGCCGGACGGGGACGCCAGCGAGUGCCGCGGGCGGCAGACCAACGGUGAACGAGGCAAGCUCACCUACAACGGGUACUCGGAAGAGUGCCUCGACCGACUCGAGCCCAACGGCAACAUACCGCACGACAAGGACUCGCAUUACGAAUGGAGUAGCGGUGCCAACGGGGAGUACCGGGUGCGGAGACAACUGUCAGUGUCGUCGGACUCGAAACUAUUGGACGAGGGGGCGCGGGAGGACGCGCGGGUAGUAAUGAGGCCGAAACGGCCACCGAGACCCAAGUCCGAAGCGUUUCUCGCCCACGACCACUCCAACCGACGCACGAAGCGGUUUAGUGCCUUUGGGGGUGACUCUCCGUUCGGCAAAUCCGAAGCCUACAUAAAGCUGGAGCAGCUCGGGGAGGGGUCCUACGCCACGGUUUAUAAAGGGUAUAGCAAUUUAACGCAACAAGUGGUAGCACUGAAAGAGAUUCGACUGCAAGAAGAGGAAGGCGCUCCGUUCACAGCCAUCAGAGAGGCGUCACUGCUCAAAGAGCUCAAGCACGCCAACAUAGUCACCCUACACGACAUCGUUCACACCAGGGAAACGCUCACCUUCGUCUUCGAGUUUGUGGACACGGACCUAUCGCAAUACAUGGAGAGGCACCCCGGCGGGCUCAACCACCACAACGUCAGCCUGUUCAUGUUCCAGCUCCUGCGGGGCCUGUCCUACUGCCACAGGAGAAGAGUUCUACACAGAGACGUGAAGCCACAAAACCUACUAAUAAGUUUACAAGGGGAGCUGAAGCUUGCGGAUUUCGGAUUAGCGCGGGCGAAGUCUGUCCCUAGCCACACAUACUCACACGAAGUCGUCACGCUGUGGUACAGGCCACCGGAUGUCCUACUAGGCAGCACGGAGUACUCGACGUCACUAGACAUGUGGGGCGUGGGCUGCAUAUUCGUGGAGAUGCUGUGCGGCGUGCCCACCUUCCCCGGCGUGCGAGACACGCACGACCAGCUAGACAAGAUAUUCAAGGUUGUCGGAACCCCAACCGAAGAAAGCUGGCCGGGCGUCUCCCGGCUCCCCGGUCUCCGUUCCCACAUAGCCCGAUGGGGCACCUGCCCCGCCCGGUCACUAGGCGCCGCCUUCCCUCGCCUAAGAGACGGUGGAAGGAAUGCCGAGCGACUAGCGGCAGCGCUACUACAGCCUGAUCCUAGGAGAAGAUUGGCGGCGCCGAGGGCGAUACAUCACAGUUACUUCGCGCAUCUACCGCCGCGGCUCAACGAGUUGCCUGAUGAGGUAUCCAUAUUCACAGUGGAGGGCGUGGCGCCGUGCGCCGAAUCGCGGCACGUCGCCAAGUGAGCCACCGAGCCUAGUUCAAUCCGCUCUGUUCGCCGGCCCCGCACCAGGCGGCCGACCUCUAGCGUACACCUUCUAUUCCUAUAGUUUUAAUCGACAGACAUGGUUGACUCGUAUUCGGUGGACCAAGGAUGCCCGGCAGUAUUUGUUCCGACCCCAGGUUUUGUCGAAUAUUAUAUUAGCGCUUGUUAAGCUUCUAACGUAAUAUCCAUCCAUAUAAUUCAAUUAUUCUAUGGUGACAAGGUAAACUGAUAGGUAUCGAGUGUAUGAAUUUAAUGUAUAAAUAUAUAAACAGAGCAGUGUGCCAUAUACCUAUAGGUAGGUAUAUCUAUAAUUGAGAAGAGUAUGACGUGUUAUUUUAAAAGAUUUUUAUGCUGGAUAUAUGCUCAUAAUUUGAGAAAAAUUUUGAAGAUGUUUAUUUAUAUUUACAAAUGGAUAAUAUCGAUGUGAUGACUCUUGAUGCACUGUUCAAUGCUAAUCCUGUUUAAACGCGGGGCCCUCAAAUCUUAUCAACAUACCAAGCUAAGCAGCACUACAAAGAGCUUCAGCUUAAAUAGAUUUCAGCAAAACCAUUGACGCAUGGAAUUUUUCUGACACACUACUGUCCUUAUUUCUACUAAUUUCUAACUAUGCCAUACUAGCGGUUUAAAUUAACUGUGUCUCUAAAAAAUGUCAUGCAUCAAAAGUGUAAAGAAGCAAAGGCCCCGCGUACCCUGGCUGUCUAAGUCUUAUGCACACUCAUUCCUUCCACGGUGCUCAAAUAGUUUGGUAGGUCGGGGUGGGCGCGCAACACGCCCGCGUCGCCACUCGUCUUCGUUUGCGGGCUGCGAUCGCUCCAGUGAUACAAUGUGAAUUGAACGGAGAUAGCUUAUCUAUUACCAAAAUUUGUAUAAAUAUCACGACAGAUCUCAAAUUUAUGAUGUGUGGGACCGUCCUACUGUAAAUUGUGAUAGGGGAUUUGACGAUUUGUAAAAACUAUACUAAAUUUAAUACUUUUGUUCCGUUGAUGAGAGAGUUAGGCGUAGUUAAAAUGUAGUUUCCGUCUCGCUUGAAGACUAGUGAAUAAAACCGGUUUAGUCGAAUUUUAGGUCCCUCACGGUAAGGAUAGGAGCGCGGAGGUAGUACGCACCGGCACAUUGGCAGCGCGCAUUAGUACAAACCUACUUUUAAAUCGAAUGUAAGGACUGAAGAUCGCAGAUAUGGCCGACAAGUGUGGAAGUGCUAGACAGACACUGUAAGCACUGUCCCACUUCUACGAUAGCUGAAGAUCUCAGUCAAUACUUGUAAAAGAAUGCGGCACCCAAUCGUCUUGUCUAGUUUAGUGAAUUUUUAAAUAACGUCUGUGAUUAAAAGUAGAGUUUAGGCGUGGUUUAGGCCAAUUAAGCAGUAACACCAAUUUGUGCCAACAGUUUGUUAAACGCUUAUAAAAUAUCCGGUAUUUCUAUCUCAAGACGCUUCGGGGGUCGCAUUCGAGCCCGUUUCUUAUUUGCCUCGGCGUCCCUUACUUGACAAAAUAUGCAAAUCUAGUCCAGCGGUCGCCCGCCGCCGCCGCGGCAAAUAUGAAAAUGGCCUUAUUGACUUAAAUAGCAAUAAAGUCGCUCUCGACUCUUGUAAAUUAAAAGUAGGAGUUGUCGUUUCGUAUUAAGCUGUAAACCCGUAGCUGUGUUUGUAUCGCAGCGGCAUUAGAUAACUUAAAUAUACCUUGCCUUGUACGACAUAAGUUUCUUAAAGAAUCAGUGUCUAAUUCGCAAACUCACUGCCAGAGCAAGCUGAUAGAAAGGUAGCCGAGUUGUCAGUGUGGCCGGAACAUCUAUUGAGCGUAGAUCAAAUUGUUAGCGUAGAAUACUUUGUACUGAGCUUUAGAUACUUAUACGAUUUCAGCGCAGCGGGGCGGACGCUUAUACACCUCUAACAUUUUCUGUUGAUAUGUAAAACUUAGUUCACAUACUUUUUACAUCCUGUGCAGUUGAAAUGGCUUAACUAAAUCAGACAGGCGAAAUCCAGUUUGUUCAGGAGCAGUUUGAGUGCAUAGCUCCAACUUUCCUCCCUGUGAACCGCAUACUGAUUGUACUAAAGUGAAAUGUCAAAUACGUGAGAGUCCAGUCACAAACCCGCCGCCUCGCGCGUUUCCGAAUCGGUUCCGAACACCAAAAUAGUACGUAAAUGUAUAGUUCGUGAAACGCAAUAUGUUCAGUGUAAAUGAUUUGUUGAAUUUUUACCUAAGUUAACUAUAAGGAGAGAGGCAAAGUAAAUAUUUCACCCGUUGAGUGAGGCACCGCACCUCGUGCGUACUUGAAUAUAAAUGUUAAUACACGGAGCAUUUAUAUGAAGGAUAGUGAAAAUUCUAUUGUAUAAUAAUAAUAAUUUGCAUUUGUAUAAUGAAGAACUGAUGUUGAUGUCGUGGCUGCGGAACGAAUUGUGUAAAUAGAGAUAAAUGAUUAGUUGUUAUGGUUUGGUUCACGACUAUCCUACGAGUUGCCAUUUGCGUUGCCCGCGGGCCCUGAGAUUUCGUUUAGGUAUGUUUAUCUAGACUGUAAUACUUAUUUCACUUUAAUUUGUCCUGCUGAUCCAAUUUAUGACAUUUUAAUUAUUUUUAAACCGGGUUCCCAAUGCAGGGUACGCUACGCACGUUUACGUCACCACCACACAACAUGCUCAACAAGGCUCUGUACAUUGCUUUCCUUGCGUGCUACAGUCGUUACGUUCCAAUCAUUACGCAAGCAAUGUAAUUGGGCAAUUUUAAAUCCUCCAAUGUGAUGAAACUAAUGAUGAUUUUUGGUACUAAACGACAUUUAAAAAGUAGUCGGAAUUACACCCUGCCGUAGAAUCAUGAGGCUCUGAAACUUAGAAAGCCGAAGGCUUUGGACCGCGUACUCCAUCAUAUACAUCCUACCUUAAAAGUACUCUGAGCAUAACUUUCGUUGUGUGUGCGCAAAUAGAUGACCACUUGACCAGUAGCAUGCGCGGUGUGCGCCGCAUUGGGACCCCGGCCCUAUGUAAUAAACAAUGUGCUUUUACUCUUUUAAAAAAAUGUAAAUACGAUAUUUGAACUGAUAAUAAUAAAAGUUUUUAUUUCUUAAUGAA